GGUGUCGUUGAAAUCCCACAAAACUACAGCCUUGAAAUAAACACACGUUUCGAUUUGGAAGUGGCGCAACUACAUCUGGUCAGUCACUUGUUAAUAUAAGUGAGGUGUCAACAUGGCGACAGAUUUAGCAGUCGGUUGUGUGCCGCCUUACUACCGAGAAGUGUAUGAUACCUGCGCCCCGUCAACAAAUCAUGUAACGAAGGACGUUUUCACCAAACUCCUUGUAAAAUCGGAGCUUCCUUCACAAACGCUGAGCCAGAUAUGGGAUUUAGUAGUGGACCCAAAAGUGAAUGCUCUGUCUAGAACCAGUCUGUACAAAGCACUAGCGCUUGUGGCUUGGGCACAGCAGGGGAAACAGCCUAGUGCAAAACUUUUGGAAAAUUUUUCUGGAGAAGAGCUUCCAAGGCCAGAGCUUGGUGAUUUGUCUGAACUGCGUCAAAUGACUAGAGAUCAACAGGGAGUUACCCCAACUCGCCUUGGUCUCACAUAUACUGAACUUUGUUCCCAAGAUUCAGUUGAUGUUGAUCUUGUACCUGAAAAGAAAGGUCUCUUUCUGAAGCAUGUGGAAUACCAGGUCACCAGCAAGAGAUUCGGUUCAUUGGUGCGACGGAGAUACAACGAUUUUGUUGCCUUGCAUGAAUUACUUCUCAACCGUUUCCCAUACCGUCUGAUACCUAAAUUACCUCCAAAGAAAAUGGUUGGUGCUGAUUCGCAUUUUAUUGAAGAAAGACGGAAGUCAUUACGGCGAUGGUUGACUCUUGUGGCAAGACAUCCUAUUGUCAAUAAGGAUCCUCUUGUAAGUUUCUUUCUUACGUACGGUGGACCUGAUGUGCAAUACAAAAUACGUGAAGUUUUUCGCAGAAUGCCAGAUGAAUUUACGACAUCAGAGCUAGCAGCUACGGCCAAAGAUCUUGUUCCUCCAGAGACUCAUAGUGAAUUUGCAACAAGUCGGGACCAGAUCCGAAUAAUCUUGAAUGGCGUUGUACGCCUGAAGCAAAUUGCUGAUGCCAUGGCUCUACGAUCCCAUGGGUAUGCAGCAGACAUGGCCGAACUUGGCUCACAACUUACAGCAUUGGCAGGAGAGCCUCAUGGAUCGUCGUCUUGGGCCACUGGGGGUAAUCCUGUGUGGGCAGAUAUGAAAAAGGGCUUCCAUGCAAUUUCUAAAGAGUUUGGACUACUAUCAAGCAAAGCUCUGCGGCAGGCUGUCAGGGAAGAGGAAGAAGUCUGUGAGAAGUUGAACCUACUGCUUGAUGUACUGAUAUCUCAUCGUGAGCUAUGUGACCGCCAUGAACGUGGUGUUGCGCAAGAUCAUGCAAAGGCACUGGCAAAAAUGCUUGCACUCAAGAAAAGGCAAAUGCAAGGUGUCAUUAAAGGCACUGAUGCAGAGAGUGUGGAGCAACUGGAAGCUCGUAUGAUGGAACAGGAAUCAGUAAUAGCUAAUGUGGAGUUACGCAAUGCUUUCUCUCUUCAUUGUCUACAUAUGGAGACCCAACUAGUCCAUGCACAUAUUGAAAUACUUGCCUGUGUUCUGAGCACACUUGUAUCUGUCCAGAUUCGUGGCCAUUCAGAGAUGGACAGUUCAGUUCGAGCAGCUGGCUGAGGUGUGGGAACUGAUACAGCCAACUAUAGUGAAGUGUCUUCCAGAAAACAGUCAGCAUUUAAAUGGUGACAGCCCUCUUGCAAAUAAUACCAACAGUUAGUGUUCUGCAGUAAGCACUUUGAUGGAUGUUUCCUACACUGAUACUCAGUAUGCAAUUAGUGCUCUGUAGCUAUAUGUAUGUAUAUUCAGAAACAUUGUUAUGAUAUACUUUGUUACUCUGAUGUGUUGCUAAGUGCAAUUCAGAGCCCAAAAUUAUGUACACUUAGCUGUUUUUGAGGGACCAGUUAAUUUUUCUUAAAGGGUAUGAAGCUUUUAGUACUUACAUGUGUGUGGGAGGGCAGGGGAGGGCGUUUAGAGAGAAGGAGAACCCAAUGUUUUCACUUUGGCACCACAGUCGCACUGUAUUUAUGGAAAGACUAUUUUUUCACCAGAUGACUGUUGAGAUACUGGAUAUAUACCUAUGGUUAUGAGAUAGCUGCACUGUCCUAAAUUAUUAUUGAGUCAUGGCUAGUCUCAGCCUAAGAUCAUUCUCAAGUAGUAUGUACAAAAUUGUUACAGGUCACACAAAUAUUAGCAGCAACAUUUUUGUGAGAUGAAACUGAACUCUUGUUGCUUUUAGAUUGUAUGAAACUUCCAGUCUGUCAAAUACAAUUUCUAAAAUGGGUUUGAUUUCCUUUUUAGCAUCUUUCACUUCCCCCACCCCCCAGUAUCAGGCACACUUACACCCACAUAGUACACAAUUUUGUUGAACUUUGAGUAGAUUGUUUUCAAAUAUUCUGUUCUUCAGUCCUUUUUAAAUUAUGGAUAGAGAUUCUUUAGUUUUCCACACCAAAAAAGUAGGCAUCAGAUGCACAUCUGUCAGCAGUACUUUCUUUUUAACAAAAGCGUUGAUUUAAUCCAGUAUACAAAUUUGAAGGUUUUCAAUUCUCUGUUUUCUUCAGAAAAAUUUUCAGUUGUUCAUAGAAUAGUCUGUAUUCUAUUUACUGUGUAACAUUAAAGUCUCUCAUAUCCAUCAUCAUUUUUAAUAUUCUUCUUACAAAUAGUGUACAGUAGCCAGACAUCACCUACUGGACACUGUAAGCAGAACCCUACCACAGCCCUCAAAAAGCUGCACAGCACCUUAAACACUAAAUUAACAACAAAGUUACAAACAUUGUAGCUAUAAAUCUACCAUCGUAUCUUUGUAGUCUGCAGGUUGGAGCCAGGGAUUAUAACCUCUGACUGCAAGAAGCAAGUUCUCGCAAGUACCGUAUUUUCUUUCAUCUUGCACGACUCCUAAUAUUUAUGUCCCUUCUGCCGAGGGUGCCUAUUUGGUAGUUUCUGGAGAGGGAAGGGAGAGUAUUUUUAAUAUCUUGGGAGAUGAAUGGUGACUUGCAAGUAACCAUAAGAGUCUUUGUUCCAACCCUCUUAAAAACUGUAUAAUACUGACUUUUAAAUGAUUUUCUUGAAAGAAAAACGCCUGACUACACUAAUUUUUCCUUUCCCUGAGAGGUGGCUUGUCUUGUUCUGGUUUUCCAUGUACUAUUUAAGAAUGGCUUAAGUUCAGAACAACCCAUAAAAAAUAAUAAAUUAUUGCAAAGAGCAGCUAUAGCAUAAACAUGAUUUUGUGAUUUGUAUUUUUGUGUAUAUUUAGUUGGCAGUAAGUAUUCUGCUCCUGUUGUAGUUCUUUGGUAGCCAGUGCCAGACAAAACUACUAUUGAAUCAUGUCGUCUAAAAGAAAAAUAAACAAAAAUUUUAAUACCUUGCACUGACUGAAAUUGACAGUGUAUUUUGACUGUUACUUUUGCAUUGCAAAUGUAAAAGAGGGAACACUGCUGUAUUGGACUGAAAUAUAAAAACCAGUAUAAGACUAAUUUAAGUUACUGGAAUGUUUGGAUGACACAUCCAUUGUUUUCUAACUAGGCUGGCAUUACUGCAGAACCAGUAAAUUUAGCACCACAAAGGAAAAGAGAAAGUUGAUUUGAGAAGGUAUCUGAUGCAGCUUAGCAUGGAGUGGAGUGACAGGAAGGAAGAGAUCUUGAAAUCAGAGUACAUAUACCUAAGAACUGUGUGAAAGGGGACUGACUAAUGAAGACAAAUGAUGGAAGAAAUUGUGGGAGGUGGGGGGCAUAUGUGAAAGAUGAAAACAUUGCGUUUCACAGCUGAAGCACUACCUGUUGACACCUAAUUUACAGACUGUCUCAAAGCUUGCUUGGCAGCACAUAUAUUGUUCUCAUAUCCACAAAAAUUCUGCAGACCUAAUAGGAGUGCACAAUGACUGAGGUACAACUUGAAGUGUGAAAAUACAUUUAAUUUGACUAAAACUGCGUGUUUCUCUUCCUCGUAGUAUUAAACAUAAAAAAAUAUUGCCAGAAAUGAAUAGAACCCACUGUAAGGCUUUUAUUAGAAAAUUAUUGCAGUGUUUCAAAAUGUGCAGUUUGUGGGAGGCGGAGUAUAUCACCAUCAGAGCAAAAAGGGGUGCUCUGGUGACUGAAUUGCCACAGAUUCUGUUCUAUCAUCAGUAACCAUUACUUUGUGUCUUUUUUACUUUCAUCUGUUUUCAAUUUGUAAGGGAGAAUGGAGCAUAUUUACCAUUUAGCAUCUUUCUUUUAAUCAUUCUUUGGAUUCAUAUGAAAAGGAGCUGUUAGCUGCCAAUUCAUAUUUCUUGUUCAUAUUUGAUUUGAUGAACAUAUUCAGGAUUGAACCACAUUGUAAACUUCUGUAAAGCAUUGUAACACAGGAAAUUCCAAUGGCAAGCAAAAAAUUAUUAUUCAGUGUCGAAGAUAGAACUGACAUUGCCACAGGGCAUAAAAUUUUUUUGGAACAUUCGGCUGGAUAUCGAUGGGUGUGGGUAAAGGUAAUAAAUAGUACAGGGUGGGUUAAAUCACAGAACGUGCUGGAAAUGGCCACUGUUGACACUGUGCUCAGUUUAUCAAACUGUGAGAUGUAACAGCUCUGCCUCAAGGCUAGAGGUAGUGGCAGUUCAAAUGAUGUUCUAUAGUUCCUCCACCAUGUGUGGAUUAUUUGCAUGCAACUGACUCCUCAGUUUGCCCACAGAUAAAAAUCACAGUGAGAGAGAUUGAGUGUUCGAGGUGGCCAGGAGAUUGCACUGCAUCUGCUGAUUGUCUUCUCCUCGCCGAAUACUUUAUGCAGUCGUGGCAAGGUCGUCAAGGCAGUGUGUGCUGUUGCUCUGUCAUACUGAAAAUACCCAUAUAGUUAUUCAUCUUCUGUGAGUUGAUCUACAGAUGGAUUAAACAGUUUCUGGACAUACAAGGUAGCAUUAACAGUUUGGUAAAGAAUCAUCUUACUGUGCAGACACAAGAUAUUGCUGACCAAACAUUAUUCUUGAGAUUAUGCAACAGCUCUUCGAAGCACUUAUGGGAAUUAUCUGUGCAUAAUGGUGCACGUUGCGUGAUUUCACAUCCUUGACAGGCUGAACCAGGCCUUAUCUGAAACAAAUGAUGCAUCAAAAUCAUGGUUUCCAGCAUUUUCUGCGUUGGGCAGUUCUCCUGUUCAUUAACAAGUGUAAUUUCCCUGUUAGUUAUAUAAAUAUUUUCUGGGACCAGUUAAUUUUGCCCACCCUGUAUGUGUGAAUCGAAUGGGAAGAAGGUGCAAUAGCUGGAAGCACUGGAGAGCACUGAUUCAUUUUAAGAAGGUAUGGCAGUGUAUAAACAUUAGUACUGUAGGUGUGUGGCAUUCUGUUUUCCUGAAAAUAAGGAGAGCUUGCCAUACAUCAAGCUUUGUUUGUGAGUUAUUGUUUAAUCCCCAGUGUUUCAUGUUAUUUACUAGAAUGUGAAAUUUUUGUCUUUCGUCAUGUCUUACUUUGGAACAAUGACUGAACUGCAGUUCAAGAAAUCUCUAGAAGAAACAUUUAAAAAAGAAGGUAAUAGGGUGGAAAGAUGGAGUCUGUUCCUCCAUGUUUUAUUUUUACUCUGUUGCAAAGAUUUUUGAUUUGUCUAGUGGGAAGAGAGAUUUCAGCUAAAUCUUAUCUUUGAGGAAAACAUUAAUUGAAACAUUAUUUGUAUGCUUCCACCAGUUCAUCUUUCGUGCUCAGUAGAGCAUUUUAUUGUAGAAAGAAUAAUUUAAGUUUCAAAUGGUAAAUGAUUCAACUCACCAUAAGAAUACUAGAAAAAAAAAAUAUGCGCCCCCCCCCCCCCCACACACACACACACACACACUUGGGGGGGGGGGGGAGAAAAGAGAGAUUGGGAGAUUAUACAGUAGGACCUUGAUAAUCUGGCAUACUCUGGGAUCUGUCAAUACCAGAUUAUCACAUAUGCCAGAUUAUCAACGAAGUUUAGAAAAAGGGAUACAAGCAAAAUCUAUAGUUUUGAUAUACAAAAACAGGAAACUUUUAUUUAUUACACACUACAGGAGAGAUAGUAUAUAAAAAUUAAAAAUACCUAAUACUUUUCUCUAAAACAGAGUAGAAUUAAAAGUUGAAUAUUGCUCUGCUCUAUUAAAUCAGUUUAAAGCUCUAAGUUUUAGAAAAUUCAACACAUAUAGGUAAUACUUUAUAAGUCAUUUACAAAAUAAAAUGAGUAUCCUUGAUUUGAAAAGAUCAAGAACAAAUGAAUUAAUAAAAAUUGUUACCAGAAAUUUGGUGCAGUUUAGUUAGAAUCACUAUCUUUAUGAAUAGCACAGACAUCUGACCUUCUCAAGGGUGCGGAAUAUGUUGGACUAGUAUCUACCAUUGAUGGCUUGGUUGAAAUUUUCUUCCACCAUCUGGAACAUGGCAGAAAUGCUAAUUUGUUUCUUUAAUUGACGUCCUUUUUAACAACGAUUAUUUUUUGUGAUAUGCAGAUUCAUAGCUUCAGAUGUGUUGUAUUGUUUGCUAUUUUCAGCAAAUUUUGCAGAAGUGUUUAAAGCUUCUGAAGACUCAACCCAAGAAAGGGGAGUCGUAGGUUUUUCUUCUUUGCCACUCUGUUUGUAGUGCCUCCUGUAUGUUGGAAACAAUUUCUAAUGUCAUGCUGUCAGUAAGCUCUUCCUCGAAAGGUUAAGUUCUGUCGAUGAUAAUCCAUUGUCAUCUACUUCUGCUGAAAAUGCACUCAGUUCAUUAAUGGAUUCAGGAUUUAUAACUCGUACAAUUUCAGAGUGAUUGGUUGUUGGCACAUCAUCAUUUAAAUCACUUUCCAUAUUGGUUUCUUAGAUCAGUUUAGGCCAUAUUUUUCUCCAGACCCCAUGCAGUGUUGUAUUUUUCUCAGAGGUCCAAGCAAUUGCAUCUGUGAAAUUAGCGUCUUUAAUGGAAUUAAAGACAAUUGUUCCAUUGUGUCAAAAAUCGGAAAUGUAAAUUUCAAAUCCCAACCUCUUUCAUUAGAGAUAAGAACAGCAACAUGAUAAAUUCCAAGGAAAGAAUUGUAGAAAGAUGGAGAGAAUACUCCACAGAACUCUUGAAUCACCCAGACCCAUACAAGGUGCUGCCUGCGGACGCUAUGGAGGAAAGGAACAAUGAGUAAGAAAGGAAAGUGUCUGAAGUAAAUGUGAAGACUGCAAUCGAAAAAAUUCAGAAACAACAAGGCCCCAGUGCAGGAUAGAAUAGUGUGAGAAUGAAUCGAAGAUGGAGAUGGAGCUUGCACAUAGAAAUAAAUGAACUGAUCCAAUUGAUAUGGAAGAAUGAGUCAUUGUCAGAAGAAUGAAAAUUGGCCAUAAUAUGCUUGAUAUACAAGAAAGGAAGCAAAAUGGAAUGUGGUAAUAACAGAGGCAUCAACUUGCUGAAUGUAACCUACAAUAUAAUGUCUAUCAUUAUCUUCAGAAAAUUACAACCAUUCAUAGAGAAGAACAUGCAGGAAUACCACACUGGCUUUUGACCAAACCGAUCAACAAUAGAUCACAUUUUCACCCUAAGGCAAUUGUUUGAAUCGCAGGUAAUAUGAUAAGUGUCUAUAGUUUGUUUGUCAGUUUUCAAUGUGCACAUAACAGCACCCAUAGGAACAGCCUACACAAGGCUCUGUGUGCCUUUGGAAUACCAGAGAAGCUGGUAAGAAUGGUUCAAACUUGUAUGUCGAUGGGUAAGAGGCAGCAGUGCAUUCCUGAGGGAUCACAUCAAAAACAUUAGAGAUUGACACAGGUCUCAGACAAUGGGAUGCUCUCUCAUGUGUUCCAUUCAGUGUUGUCUUAGAUAAAGUAAUAACAGUAUGUAGGUGACAGGAACGGGCUGGAGUACAGAUGGAUGGUAAUUUAAGUUGUCUCACAUAUGCAGAUGUUAUAGUAUUGCUAAGUGAAUGAAACACGAGUUGAAAGAAAUGUGCCAAAAAAUGGACAGCCAUGUACAAAAGGUUGGGCUAAAAGUGCAUCAAGACAAAAUGGUGUUCCUGUAGUUAGGAAGAAGACCUCUAAUUUAUAGUUUUUUAUAUAAAAAUACAGAAAAUAAUUUAAUAUUUUGAUCAUAUAGCAUAUUGCCUUUAUAGUUCCCUCCAAAAUUAUUCAGAUACCUUGAUUGCAGGAACUAAACAAUACAGUUCCUUCAGGUCUUGUAUGUUUUCUGAAAGCUUAUUUAUAAAUUAUAUGUAGAACUCAAAGGAUUUUUAAAUUUUCUUAGACUUAGUCUUUUUUGUGUUCUUUAAACAUGUAUUUACUCUAUCUCUCUCAUACAUUUAUGUAAUUACAUUUGUUAACAACUUGACAAAUUGGAGUUACAUGUAGAAAGUAAAUCCAGUGUGCACUGCAGUCUAGUUUGAAGUGUUGGUGGAGUGUUCCUGAACUGAGAAAAUUGAUGGUGUUGCAGUGAUAUUUAAUGAAAAAAAGCAAAAUCAUUUCACUUUGCUGAUGCUGUUUGUCUUUGGGGUGUGUAGAUAACUGCCAGGGUAAUAGUAAACUUAGAUGAAAAUAAAGAAGUUAAGAAAUUUGGUAUCAUAUCCAUAAAAUUGUGAACAAUCCAUCACAGUUCUACUCUCAUGGAAUACAUUUCAGAUGAUAACAAACCAUUUGCUGAAUAUGUUUAUUUUUUAAAAUCAAUCCUUAGUGUCACUGCAAACCGUUAAGUAAUUCACUGAGGACAUGGUGGAUAGAAAUUCAGUGCAUUAAACUCGUGUUGAAGUUAUGUCUUAAUUUUGGCAGCUACUGUUUACUGGCAUAUAUUAUUUAACCUACAUAAGUUUUAUAUUAUUCUUGAAAUGUUUACUGAAUUUUUUACCCUUUGUCCUUAACAAAAAAAAAGCUAUAUACCAUUACAUCUCACUUCAUUCCUACAUCAUUAUUUUUUAAAUGAUGUAUAUUGUAAUGGCUUUCGUAAGUACAUUUUGGUUUCUUUGUGUUUUACAUCACCUGUCAUUUCACUGUCAUUAUCAGUUUGUCCCAGAAUGUUGAAUUUGAUUGUACCAGAACUUAAGGCAAAUAAAAUAUUGGUUUGAGAGCAGUAACUGAAGUAAAAGAAACUGUUAAUGGAAUUACAAUGGAGCUAAAUUCUAAUCUCAGUUUAGAUUUAGUUUAUCUGGUCUGAUAACUACUAUUUUGUCCCAUUUUGCUGAAAGCAUUUGUUGUAAAGCAAGCAGUUGUUGCUUUCAGUCAGUAAUUUGAAGACUGAGAUGGUUUGUACAAUUUGUUGGCAAUCAGUUAUACUGUAGAACAUAAGUAAGUAAGUAAAAUGUCAAACAUUCCACUUACAAAACUACAUGUUGUAAAUUAGUACACAUUGCACUUAAUUCAUACAUUUUGUAAUUAAAGUUCCUGUGGAAAUCAUGUUUGAUAUUGUACAGCGGACUAAUUUCAGUUGAAAUUAGGCAGCAUAAUAUUUAUAUCUCCUAAUGAAAGACUGAUGUUUGUAAGCAACAUGAUGUGAACAUUUGUAAUAUCUGGUAAAUCAAGUAUUGCUCCAAAUGUAUUGUGUGAAUUGUGUGUGUCAUUGUAUCGGAAUUGUGCAACCUAUGUUUUCUAUGUAAUAAUCCCCAUUAUUAAAACAUAAAUGAAUUGCUAUUUCAUACAUAUCUUUAAAAUACUUGUGUUUGAACACUCCGUCUUGACUUUGAGUGUUUCAAGAGAUGGACUACAAAAACAUAUUUCUAAUUUUACUUGACCAGUUGUAUAUAUUGUAUAUGGUACAAAUUUAAAGUUGUUGUUGAGAGUUUAAAUAGCAUUUUAUUCAUUGUUGGAAUAAAGUUUAUUGAAAUAUUAUCUUUGCAAUUAUAAUUUUAGUGUGUAUAGUGAAAGAAAGUAAACUUGUAUACAAAUACUAUUCAGUAGAGUUGAAAUAUUUUUAACUGUUUUUAUAUAAUAAGAAAGUGAUGAUUCAGGAUUGACACUGAUUAUUUUCCACUAAGAAUUUAAUUGCUGCUGGUACCAGUCAACUUUCACAAUGUAACCAGUUAAUACGGCGAAUAAUACUAGAGUACCCUAAAAAAAUAACUUUUGGACAGACAGCUUACACCUUUGCACCCCAUACUGCAACAUGGACUUAUUACUUACAGAGAAACUAGUUUUUGAUUGCUCUUACUGAAGAGCUAUUUACCAAAAAUCAUUCCCCAACAAAUCUUUCAUUACACAUUUACCUUUUUACCUUCUGUGUUCCUGGACUGUAAAUUGUUAUACCAAUAUACUGGAUGGAUAAUCAGCAGCAUCCACACUAAAUGAUUACAGGGAUGAGUGAUGAUGUGUUCAUGCCAAACUGUCAGAUCCUGGAUCAAAUUAUUGCUGAUGUGGAUGUGCAGCUUGUUAGUAAAUAAUUUAAUAUUUCAGUAGCUCAGUUUUAAUACUCACUCUCGGCUGUGUGUGAUAUAAUUUCAGCUUUAUGCUUAAAGCAGUCUUUAGUUGCUUCAAAAGGCCGGCCGGUGUGGCCGUGCGGUUCUAGGCGCCUCAGUCUGGAGCUGCGUGACCGCUUCGGUCGCAGGUUCGAAUCCUUCCUCGGGCAUGGAUGUGUGUGAUGUCCUUAGGUUAGUUAGGUUUAAUUAGUUCUAAGGUCUAGGCGACUGAUGACCUCAGAAGUUAAGUCGUAUAGUGCUUAGAGCCAUUUGAACCAGUUGCUUCAAAAACACGGUUUUGUGAGAUGUUUUUUAUGAAAGAAAAGUGAGUUGACAGAUUUACUGGUCUAGUAAGUAGGUUACACUGUUCACCUUCCAAUAUUCACCCUAACACAUCAUUCAAAUACAGUUUGUACGUUCAUAGUCAAGUAUAAGUAAUGUUGUGGAAUUGGCAGGGAGUAGUAUGUUUGCAGUAAGUAUAAGCAUUAAGUCAUUUAACACACACUGCGCUGUUGCUGUAAUAUUACAUUAGUCACGGGAAAGAAGAAAAUGCAACCACCGUUACACUGUGCAGCAUUCCACAUCGUUUUUGCAUUUCAAAUGUUACUGUUCCUGCUAAAAAUCAUAGGUUUGCUAAUGCUUUUAGUUUAUUACUCUAGCACUAGUUCACAGGUACUAAAAAAGUAAAGCAAUAUAUUGAUAUAUAUCUUUGAGGUUCACAAAUUGGCAUUUACAGCUUUACACCUUCACUUUAAUUUCUUAAGCCCAGGCCAAAUGUCUAGGGUAGCAGUGUGUGCUUAUUUGCUGUUACAUUCAUGUUUUUUUGGUUAAGCCUUGUUUUCCUGGGGUGGUACUGGUCGACAUGGAAAACCUUUUCAUGCCUCACCCGCAUGAAAUCUAAAAAAUUUCCUGUAUUUUUUCUAUAACUGGCACAACUAUUUUGUACGCAAUCAAGGUACAACCUGACAUGGACAUUUGUGUCAGUCCUUUUAAUGUUAAUUAAUUUUAUGAAAGGUCCUCUUAGUGUUUCUUGUUUUUCUAGUGCUUGAAGAUUGGAUUUAUGUCCUGAA